UUUUGGAAAGUCAAAAAGGUUAUUUAGUUUGUUGCUUAUUUAGUUUAUUUUAUAUGCAGUGAAUUUUCUUUGAUUGUUUUUGGAGCAAAGAGAAAAAAAUCUAACACAGAUUCUAAAUGUAGAUCCCAACUUUGCUGUUUUCUUAGAUAAAAAAAGUUAAAUUUUUCCUUAUUUAAUUUUCUCUGUUUUAUUGAUCCACCGUUAUAGUGACAAAUACUUCUAUUGGUCUGCAUGGACGUUAGACACGCGCUCAUUGAGAGCGAGUUUCUGAUUGGUUCAGAAAAUGCAAUUGGAGAGAAAUGAAAUUCAUCAAACCCAAACUGGAAAAACAGGAAAGAAAUUGAGCUCAAAUUUAUAAAAAAUCAAACAGAAGCAACACAUUCUAGUCUGAGUAGUCUAGCGGUUGCCAUGACAACCGCGGUAACAGCGGGUCUGGAAGAGCAGCUGGACUUGGUGGGAAGUUUGCUGCCGACAGUCAUGAAGCAACAGGAACCGGAAGCAGUGGCCCUGCAGUGGGACAGGUUCCCAGUGGAGCUGAUCCAGGAGCUGCUGGAGCUCAGAGCUGAGGAGGUUCUGCUUAGAAUGGAAAAGGUUCUGGGCUUCACCAAGAGCUGGACCUGCAACAGAGACGCCGUCCUCUUUGAUUUCUAUCAGUCUGGAUUCUGUUGGGCUAAAGAGGCCAAGUUUACCCCCCCGCAGAUCGCUCUCACCAUGGCGGUACUCCACAUGCUGCUGGAGAACCUAACAGAGAAACAGAUGAGUUUAGUGGAUAAUUUGGUGGCAUUCAUGAGAGCCGUAGCUGUUGCCUGCCAUCGUUCACCUGAUAAAGGCGGCUCGUCGCUUCUGGACAAGAAUGGAGUUGUUGCCCUGACAGACUAUGUUACAAAGAGGCUGGCUGCGAAAUACAAACUCUACAAACAUUUCUUCACCAAAUCUAGAGAGGAGCAUGUGAUACGGAUGGAGAGAACCAUUGAGACGUUCAGCCCUCAGGGAACCAUUUCUUCACUCAUGGAGGAAUGAGAAACCUGACCAAAGAAUUAGAAACGGAACAUUUAAAGUUUGACACAACAUAAACAUAUACCAAGACCUAGUUUGACUUUGUUUUGAUUUCAUCAAAG